AUGGAUAUAUCACUGGAAAAAUUGGAGGCCCAAGCUGCGUCGGUGGCCUCGUCUCCUACAGCCGAAGGCAAUCGCGCCUCCGAAAGCAAUAUUCGUGAACUGCGCCAUGUAUCAGCGCCUCUUCCUUUAAGAGUCUGGCUGGCCGCAACUAUCGGAAGAGCUGAGCGGUUUUCCUAUUAUGGAACGCAGAGUUUCUUUCGUCAGUAUACGCCCUACAAGUAUCGGGUUAUCUAUGCCGUCGGCUCAGCCAUCCUGUUUGCGACCUCGUUUCCUUUCGAGAUGGCGGCCGGGGUCGCGACUCCUGGUUUCGCUGUGGGGACAAUGCUUAUUGCUAUUGGACUCGGGGGAGUCCAGUCCUCCAUUCAACCAUUUAUCGGUACGCGCAGCUAUACAAAUGAUGAUCUGCGUACUAACGAGGUAUCAGCGGAUCAGUACACUGAGUAUGAAAUGAAAAUUAGAGUCGACAAACAGGGGGAAAGGGUCGUGGAAGACCGUGAAGUCACAAUCCAAUAUAUCUACAAUCUAUACUACUGGUAG